AUGAUUCGUGCGAAAUAUUUAUUUAUUUACUUGUUAAUACAAUUUGUUUUGGAGUUCACAUAUGCACAACCGCAAGUUAAGUUUUUUAGAGAUGAUUACAAAUAUUUGGAGGAUACGCGGAGCUUUUAUAAAGUACACACAAUACACAGGACGUGGGAAAAUGCGACGAGGAGAUGCGCAUUGGAAGGUGCUUCUCUAUUCUAUCCCGAAGAUCAAAAUGAGGCUGAUGUAGUCCUAACCCACUUAAAGGAGACGCAGCCUUCAUAUCAAUGGGUGUUUAUUGGUAUUUCAUCCAAACUUGCAAAAGGAGUCUUUAAAACUAUAGAUGGACUUUCAAUAAGACAAGUAUAUAACAAAUGGGCACCAGGCGAGCCCAAUGACAGCAACGGUGAAGAAGACUGCGUUAUACUGCGCCGAGAUGGUACACUUAAUGAUGAUAAAUGCUCCAAAAGGAAUCCAUUCAUUUGCAAAAAGACUCUGGCAUCUCUCAAGUGGAAUGAGGAGUGCAAUGUUCCUUAUAUGGAUUACAAAUAUAACGAAGAUUUAGGCCGAUGCUACAAAUUUCACUUAAAUCCCCUCAAUUGGAGAGAUGCGAUUGACGCGUGCGACUCUGAGAAUGCCUACUUAGCCAUUAUCAAUUCCCAAAAAGAAGCAGACUAUCUUGUUAACAUAACUGCGGAAGCGCCUAAGAACAAGGUGAAGGGAUCGCACUUACGGGGAGCUGUUCAUCUAGGAUUCAGCUACGAUACGUCUGAAAACGAAUGGAGAACAACUACAGGAGAAACACUAGAUGACGCGGGUUACGCUGUGUGGGGCAACUAUCAGCCCGAUGGUGGAGAAAAUGAGCAAUGCGGUUCGAUGUUCUACAACGGCCAUUUAAAUGAUAUCAGCUGUGAAGCACAAAGAUGUUUUUUUAUAUGCGAGAGAGAAAACGAGCUUCUUAAUAUUUUUAGUGAGAGGUUCGGUCAAUAG